UCAGAGCAAAGAUCUCAAGACUCCGAAGCCGGGAGUAGAAGUACCAACAAAGCGUUUAGAGGAAGACUGAUUUUUUCGUCUGAUCAUUGGCGUUUCGACAGAAGACGCAUUUUGGUUAUACCAGAAGAAAAUAAUAUAACACGCAACAAGUUGGUACAAAACUCUUUGGAGUUUGGGUCAGAGUCAUUCAUUGGCGAGCAUUUGUGGAUGUUGACGGACUGUUUCAAUUUGGGACUGGUCCGUUUCAACGGUCAUGAACUUACCUGGUUUUAAAUGAUUUUCCUUCUGCACAUUUUAGCUUAAAAAGUUUUCAAAAUAUAUGUUCUCUGCAGGCUACCGACUGCCACCAUUAUUCCUUCAACACUUUCUUCAUGAAAUUAUGAAGAGGGCGAACUUGAAUGGAGUUUGAGGAGUUGCUUCUCUUUCAGCAACACUUGCAGACAGCAUAUAUGGAACUGCAAACCUCUUCAAGAUUCAUCUGAGUUUCGCAGAACUAUCCUUCUAAACAGUGCAGAGAAUAUAUCGUUCCAAUUAAGAAGAGAGAAGAGUUAAAGACAGAGAAGACCAAGAAAAAGACAGAGAGAAGCCAAUCUCAGUGAGGAGUUUGCUCCUUCCAGAAUCUCCAGUCGUCGCUGACCGACACCAGACCGCCUUUCAGAAUGAGUGCGAUUUCUCUCCUCUCCGUGCCCUGGCUGGUCCUGCUCCUGGCGGGCCUGGCCUCCGGCGCCCCCUCCGGGCCAGAGUCCGACACCUGCGUCACCCUGGUCCAGAGCCGCUUCUUCGGCUCCUUCUCCUCCGCGCUGGUCUUCCCCUCCACGCCCUGCUCCUGGACCCUGCAGAACCCGGACCCGCGCCGCUACACCGUCUUCAUCAAGAUCACCAAGCCCACCGAGGCCUGCGUGCCCCGGCAGCUCAAGACCUUCCAGUUCGACUCCUUCCUGGACACGUCCCGCACCUACCUGGGCAUGGAGAGCUUCGACGAGGUGGUGAAGCUGUGCGACGCCUCCACGCAGGUCUCCUUCCUGCAGUCCAACAAGCAGUUCCUCCAGAUGCGCAAGGUGGCCCCCCAGCAGAGCCUGGAGGCCGGGGACGGAGACGGAGAGUUCAACACCGAGUACCUGGUGGUGGGAAACCGUAACCCCAGCAUGCCCGCCUGCCAGAUGCUGUGCCAGUGGCUUGAGACCUGCCUGUCCUCCAGCACCCACGGACACCCCUGCGGCAUCAUGCAGACCCCCUGCCAGUGCUGGGAGAUCCCCCAGCGCAAGCCCGGCGGCUGCUACAGAGCGGGGGUCUACCUGGAGAGGUGCAUUCCCACCAUCCCCCGUGACGCCGGCCGUGACGCUGAGAUCUUAGGGGGCUGGAGCGGGUGGGGCCGCUGGACAGAGUGCAGCAGCGACUGUGGUGGUGGAGUCCAGACGCGCAGCCGAACCUGCCUGCCCGACGAGAACUUCCUGUGCGAGGGCGUGGUGGAGGAGGGCCGGCCCUGCAACCCCCAGCCGUGCAUCGGCAAAUUGCGCUCCCGAAGCCAGUCUCUGCGAUCAAUCAAGAAGGACGGUGACGAGCCUCGCUAUGGAAACCUCGCUCCCCAAACAGUGGACGCUGAGUCUGACGACUGGUCCCCCUGGAGCGUGUGCUCGGCCACCUGCGGAGAAGGCUGGCAGGGCCGCACCCGCUUCUGCGUCACGUCCUCCCACAGCACCCAGUGCACCGGGCCCCUGCGGGAACACCGGCCCUGCAACAACACGGCCGUCUGUCCCGCCUCUCUGAUUGCAGUGCAUGGAGCCUGGGACGAGUGGUCGCCAUGGAGCCUCUGCUCGUCCACCUGCGGUCGUGGUUACCGGGACCGCUCCCGCACCUGCAAGCAGCCCCAGUUUGGGGGAGACCCGUGUGUCGGACCAACAAAGCAAACCAAGUUCUGCAACAUCGCUGUAUGCCCAGUGGACGGUGCAUGGAAUGAGUGGUCCGGCUGGAGCGCCUGCUCUGCCUCCUGCUCCAAUGGAACGAUGCAGCGCACCCGCGAGUGCAACGGCCCUUCCUAUGGAGGCUCAGAGUGCCGCGGGGAGUUUCUGGAGUCCAAAAACUGCUUUCUGAAGGAAUGCCCAGUCGACGGCCGCUGGCAUGCUUGGAGCACGUGGGGAAGCUGUUCUCGAACCUGCAGCGGAGGCAGCCAGCAGAGGCAGAGGAUAUGCGAGGGGCCGUUUUUCGGGGGAGAGCCUUGCCCUGGGAAAGGGCAGGAGAUGCAGCGUUGCAGUGAGAGGAGGUGCCCAGAACCCCACGAGAUCUGCGGGGAGGACAACUUUGCCGACUUUGUGUGGAAGAAGACGCAGGCGGGAGACGUUGCGGCGGUGCACUGCCCCCCUGCAGCCACAGGGCUGAUCCUCCGACGAUGCACCCUCAAUGAAGCAGGCAUUGCUUACUGGGAGAAGCCAACCUACACCAAGUGCAUUUCUAAUGAGUACAGAGACAUUGAGAUUAUGACACGCGAUCACCUGUCAAAGGCGCAGCAGGGGCUCAUGGGAGAUGGAGUUUCUGAGGUCAUCACCAAACUGAGGGCCACUUCUGAUCAAGGGACAAACUACAGCGGAGACCUGUUGGCUGUCAUGGACAUCCUGAGGAAUAUGACUGAGCUCUUCAGGGGCUCUUACUACAACCCCAGCAAUACAGACGUGCAGAACUUUGCUCACUCAGUCAGCAACUUGUUGCGGGAGGAAAACCAGGAGAAGUGGGAGGAGGCUCAGCUGAUGGGUCCCAACAUCAAAGAGCUCUUCCGGCUGAUUGAGGACUUUGUUGAAGUGAUUGGUUUACAAAUGAAAGACUUUCUGGACAUUUACGAGGUCACAGAAAAUUUUGUGCUCAACAUCCACAAGCGUCCAGCUGCUGCAACAUUCGACAUCAGCUUCCCCAUGAGAGGCUGGAGGGGGAUGGCUGACUGGGUCAGGAGCUCUGAGGACAGGGUGAUGGUUCCUAGAGAAGCCUUGUCACAUGACGAGCCAGAUGUGGAUGAUGACUCUGCCAUUGUGACUGGGAUUGUACUCUACAGAAACUUGGGCAGCAUCCUGUCCCUUCAGAAAAACAACACUCUAUUGGAUUCCAAGGUGAUCUCAGUUAUAGUCAAACCCACUCCAAGAUUCCUCUCAACUACCAUGGAGAUUGAGUUUUCCCACCUCCAUAACGACACCAUCAACCAAACCUGCAUUUCCUGGGAUGAGAGUGAGAUUUCUUCGCUGCUUGGAUCCUGGUCUGCGCGAGGCUGCAGAGCGGUGCCAGUCGAUUCAUUCAGAACCAAAUGUGUGUGUGACAGACUCUCGUCCUUCGCCAUUUUAGCGCGGCAAAAUCCCGACAUGAACAUGGACAAAAGUCUUCUCCCGUCGGUAACGCUGAUCGUGGGCUGUGGGGUCUCCUCCCUCACAUUGCUCCUGCUGAUCAUCAUCUACGUGUCUGUCUGGAAGUACAUCCGCUCCGAGCGCUCCGUCAUCCUGAUCAACUUCUGCCUGUCCAUCAUCUGCUCCAAUGCUCUCAUCUUGGUCGGCCAGACUCAAGCUCGCAACAAGGUGGUGUGCAUGCUGGUGGCCGCCUUCCUUCAUUUCUUCUUCCUCUCCUCGUUCUGCUGGGUGCUGACGGAGGCGUGGCAGUCCUACAUGGCGGUCACUGGCCGCCUGAGGAACCGCAUCAUCCGCAAGCGCUUCCUGUGUCUGGGCUGGGGGCUCCCUGCACUGGUGGUAGCUGUGUCUGUGGGCUUCACCAAGACCAAGGGAUACGGUACUGUCAACUACUGUUGGCUGUCUCUGGAAGGUGGCCUCCUCUACUCAUUUGUGGGACCAGCAGCAGCAGUUGUUCUGGUCAACAUGGUUAUUGGGAUUCUGGUCUUUAAUAAACUUGUGUCCAAGGAUGGCAUCACUGACGUGAAGCUGAAGGAGCGUGCUGGGGCAUCGCUGUGGAGCUCCUGUGUGGUGCUGCCUCUGCUCGCUCUCACCUGGAUGUCUGCCGUUCUGGCUAUCACUGACCGCCGCUCAGCCCUCUUCCAGAUCCUCUUCGCCGUCUUCGACUCGCUGGAGGGCUUCGUCAUUGUCAUGGUCCACUGCAUUCUGCGCAGAGAGGUUCAGGAAGCGGUCAAGUGCCGCGUGGUCGACCACAAGGAUGAUGGGAACGGUGAUUCCAGCAGCUCUUUCCACAACGGUCACACACAGCUGAUGUCUAACUUUGAGAAAGACGUCGAUUCCUCCUGCAGACCAGGCACCCAGAAGCGCCCCUCCCUCACUCAGGGAGACGAGAAGGCACCCCCUCCGCCACUGACCAUGCAGAAGGGCUCCAACUUCCACACCCUGCCCGCCAACCCCAACAAGAUGCACCUGCAGAGCAUGGCGGACUACGGCAGCCACACUCUCACCCUGAAGAGGGACAAGAGCCGCACGGGUGGAGAGCUGCCGGGCAGCAAGUCCAUCUACAUCUGCGAGGGCGAGCUCUUCAAGCAGCUGGACGCCGAGCUGAGCCGGGGCCCGUCCGAGGCUGGCGACGGCAGCAGCUACGUGCUCCUGCCCAACAACACCUCCACGCUGAAGCCCCGGCCCAAGGAGGAGCAGCCCCAGUACAACAUCAGCAUCGAGCAGCUGCCGCAGACCCGGCUGGUGCACCUGAGCAGCCCCGCCCCCGAGUCCGGCCACGGCUUCGGCCUGAAGAGCCUGCCCUCCGACCGGGUCAGCGUGUCCUGCUCCGAGAGGGACUCGCCCAUCCAGAACCUGCACAACAUCUCCAGCGAGUCGCACGUCACCAGCAGCAUGUGCGACGCCGGGGAGUCGUGGAACUCCAUGUCCAAGAGCGAGACCGUGUCCACGCUGUCCAUGAGCUCCUUAGAGAGGCGAAAAUCCCGCUAUGCUGAACUGGACUUUGAGAAAGUGAUGCACACACGGAAACGUCACCAGGACAUGUUCCAAGAUCUGAACAGGAAACUGCAGCACUCCGAAAAGGACAGAGAUUCCCCUCCCUCCGACUGUAAGCCGGUGCAGAGAUGGAGUGUCUCUUCUGGAGGCAGUGACAAAACCAGCCUGAGCGACAAACCUCAGACACCCAGUGAACGGGCUUGGGAGGGGGUCCAGAAGACCCACUCGCCCCCGUCGUGGGUGCGCAAGGACCUGGAGCCUCUCCCGGCCUCCCCCCUGCACCUACAGGCAGUGGAAUGGGAGAAGUCCAGUGCCACCAUCCCACUGGUGGGGCAGGAAAUCAUCGACCUGCAGACCGAGGUGUGAGGAGAACACCGCAUUUCCCCAACAAGUCUUCUCGUCAUUUCACAAUCGCAGGGAAAGAAAGGAGCGGAAACAGAGAAGGAGAGAGUGAAAGGGCAGAGAGCAGAACGGAACGGGCUCACACCACAUCCUGCGGUGCGAGUCCGUCACAACAUAUUGCGUUUGCUUCCUUUUCAUAACACAGACAAAAAACUGGAACAGUGAAACCCCUUUGGUGGAGAGGGGAGAGGAGUCCAGUUGUGUUCUGAUUUUAGCUGCUAGGACUCUCCUGCUCUCUUUUAUCAGGGUUUGAGAAUGGUGAUAUUAACAGGCUUGAAGUUGUGUCGCUCCUUUGACUGACGUGGAGCCCCUUCCGUGGGGAAGACUUGUCAAAGGAUGGGCGCUAGAGCUUGCUGAUGUGGCGUCUUCCAGCCAUAGUAAAGCACUGCGGGAGAAGGACAAACAUCGUCCACCCCCCCACUGGGAUGGGCACGGUGGAGCUGCGAUGACUCUCCUUCUUUUAGGCUUUUUUAAAAGUGGUGGUAGAUGGACACCUUCCGUGUUUUGUGCUGUGUUCCUUUCAUACUUUGAGCAGAACUGUUAAUAAGAACGCACAAGAUCUCGCUCAAAUCGACCAUGCCUUUAAACUCUACAGUGAAGACAGUGGAACUCUGCCUGCAGAGCUGAACAUAAUAUUAUGACGAUGGACAUUAUUGUUAUUAUUAGUAUUAUUACUAUUAUUAUUACUGUCUUUUAUUAUUGUUAUUAUUUUAGAACAAUUCACAUAAUAACUACUUGUCCAUAUCAUGCUGUUGCCAUCUGUUUGUUUUCCAGAUGUAUCAAUUACAUUUAGAAAAAGAUAUACUUCAUAGGAAACCCAAGAGAUCACAAAUCAAGAAUCUCAAAUCCAGAAUCGCAGAUAAAAGACAGGGGACCAGGGUCAGAAAGUUUGUUGGAGAGGGUGAUAUUACAAUCUGUACAUCAGAAAAGGAAAACAGUUGAUCAUUCUGUAUCUUACUGGCAGGUAUCAGUUUGGUCUCAUUAAGGGUAGGGUAAACCCUUUGGAAAGCAGACCAUAGGAUAAAGCUCUGCAUCGUAGUGCUCCAGAAUCUGCUGUGGUCCAAUGGCAUUCCAUUCUGGGCCUCCCUAUGGCAAUAUGUCGAGCCAGGGUGCCUGACAGGGUUUCCUACAGUGAGUCCUCUAGGAGGUAAACCCUUUGUGUUUUAAUAUAAGUGUUUAGAAAACGUGUGAAAUCUGAUGGUGAUGUACACACAGAAUAGAUAUAUCAGUUUUAGGACAAGCAGUGGUCAUAUCAUAGCAUAUAUCAUAUCAUAUCCUUGAAAAAGUGUACUUCAGAGUAUAUAAAUGCUUCUACGAAAACAAAAGAUCUAUUUAUAUAAGAGUAUAUGAGUAUAAAAACUGUGAUUCAGAAGAGACUUUGUACAUUUCUAGAAAGCACAAGGCUCCUGAGAGUCCUGUGAUACAGUAUUGUAAUUCUGUGAACAUACAUGUACAUGGGAUGAAUUUCAGCCAAUGUCUUCUGUGUUUCAGGAUAUAUAUUUUUUCUAAAUUCUUCACACUGUUGAAUCACUCAACUUUCAGUGUUCUGUAAUAAUGUAAUGGUGUGUGUAAUAAUAUCACUGCCAAUACCACACCAUCCCCACCCCUGCCCCAAAUCCCUGAUCUCGUCUACCUUCCUGCAACAUCCUUUCCCCAGCCCUGAACUACCUCCACUUCCCUCCUUCUGAAUCAGAGUUCUGUUUGUCUGAAUCUCUUCACCUUUUUUCUAAUCUGUUGCAUUUUUCAUUGUUAAUGUACAGUUUUCAGAGCACAAGUUGAAUAUGUAAUUUGUAAUAAUAAAAUAUACCUAGGUUAUAAACAA